GUCUUAUUUCACUGUAUCGUCUACAUUCGUCUACUGAACUUGUCCCAACAACACGUGCAUUCGUUCUCGACCUACUGCUGGGCUGCUACUGUGCCUCUCCAACGAAAGACUUUUUGCUAAUAUACGAUGCCAACAGUAGACAAUAUGAAUUUGAUCGUCAACAGAAAACGAAGAAGGACAAUCUCGAAAGAAAGGAAAAGAUUUCAGCCUUUAAAAAAAUGGAAAAUCACUAGCACAGAACCAACCGUGGAAGAUCGUGAUAUAAUCCGACGUUUAUCGAGUAAUGGAGUCAGCCACAUUGUCGAGCACAUUUUCAGCUAUUUGGAUUACAAAAGUCUAUCGAAUGCCGAAAGUGUGUCGUCUGAAUGGUGUGAAAUCUUGAAGAACGAAAGAAUAUGGAAGGCGUUAAUCAAGAGGAAUAUUGUCGUGGAUCCCGUUUGGCGUACAAUGUUUAGCAAAAUAAGAAAAUGUGGAGAUGCUGAGGUUGCACUGUGUGACGAUGCUUUCAUGUCACGCAAAAUUGCCAAAGAUAUCGGAAAAUUGCAUCAACAGUUUGUCGAUCUCAUGUCAUCAUCAGUCAGUUUACUUUCGUCUUCUGUUAAACUUAUUUCCAAGGUACUGGAUAUGCUCAAAGUCGUUGGUUUCGGUGUACCAGACAGUUAUGAAAGUGAUUCCGAAGAAGACUAAACAUUGAUUAAUUCAAUUUUGUUCCUGUAAUAAAUGUGUGUUUUUUUUGUACGAUGAUAGAGUACUCAGAAAGAAAUUACAAGCCAUUUUUGUUUAA